AUGCAUUCAUUCUUUUACGCUGCCAGCGUACUGGUGUCUACAUUCGCUUUCGCAAAUGCUCACGGCUUUGACGCCUCUUCGAAUACCAAUGUUGCUAUGUACUGGGGUCAAGGAAGCGAUCAAAAACCCCUUCGCUAUUUCUGUGACGAAGAAUCCAUCGAUAUUAUCCCCAUUGGCUUCGUGAACGUCUUCCCAGACCAGAAAGGGGCAAACGGGUAUCCUGGAACCAAUUUUGGAAAUGCAUGUGGUGGCAGCUAUUACAAAAGCCCAGAUGGCAAGGAGACUCGCUUAUUGGAAUCCUGCCCAUUGAUCGGACGUGAUAUCAAGUAUUGCCAAGCCCAGGGCAAGAAAAUCUUGUUGUCCCUCGGAGGUGGCUCGCCCGAUGUCUAUCUCGCCAGCGAUUCAUCGGCGAAGGAUAUGGCAGAUUUUAUUUGGGCCGCAUUUGGACCAGCGAAGGAAGACUGGGAAGGCCCACGUCCUUUUGGUGAUGCUGGCGUCGAUGGUUUUGACUUUGAUAUUGAAUCAGAGGCCGACAAAAUUGUUGGGCCUGUCGACUUUGGGUACGCCACCAUGGUUGACCGCCUCCGCCAUUUAUAUGACCAAGAGGAGGCGACCUAUUACAUAUCCGCUUCUCCUCAAUGCAUCAUUCCUGACUCCCACCUGUCUGACGCUAUAUCAAAGUCGAUCUUUGAUUUCAUAUUCGUGCAAUUCUACAACACUCCCUCGUGCUCCGCUCGUGCCGGCAUUGAUCAUUCGUAUGGUGCAUAUGGAGGGCCAGCUACUGAUAUCUCUUACGACUCAUGGGUAGAUCAUGUAAAGACAAACUCUGCCAACAAAGAAGCAAAAAUCUACAUGGGACUCGCAGCCGCCGCGCCGGCAACCUUUGGAGAGAUGUAUCUGUCUCCUGAGGAGGCGGUGCAAUUGGUUGAGAAAUUCCAAAGCAAGUGGCCAACAAUGUUUGGUGGUGUCAUGCUUUGGGAAGCAACGUUCUCAGAGAACAAUCAGUACAAAGGAAUGAGCUAUGGCAAGCACAUUAAGAAGGGCUUGGAGAGCUGCUCAUGUGCCAGCAAACCAUCGAGCAUCUCGACUGUGGUUACAAGCUCGACUGUGUCCUCAACAGCUGCUCCAACUGUCUCCGCUUCAAGUGCCACUAUCUCAACCUCAUCUUCAGCAGAAUAUCCAACCUCAAACACCUCGGACUACCCAACUUCCAGCUCUACAGAUUACAUCACCUCAAGUUCCGAAGCAUAUCCCACCUCGAGCUCCGAAGGAUAUCCAACGUCUAGCUCAGCCUACCACCCCACCUCAAAUUCAACUACCUCGCUUAGCUCUCAAAUUUCGCCCAGCUCGUCGCCCCUGGAGAGCUCGUCUACUACGUCCUUCACUACGACCUACAACAACUUGACCCUGUCGAGCACAACCACAGCUUCUGCAACUGCUUCCCCUUCAAGCUGCGGCGUCCAGGGAUAUGAUAAGUCGCCCGCUUACAACUUCCUGAAUGAUACCAUUUCUGCCAACUUUGAGAAGUGCUCCGCUAGGUGUAUUGCCGAUGUGGCGUGCGUGAGUUUCGGCUUUGGAACCACUCAGUGCCUCCUAUAUACUCAGACUGUUGCCUCUAAUGUCAAUGAAAACUCAAACAGCCCCUUCACGUUCUAUGACAAAAUUUGUGGAACCCCUUCUACUAGUUCUUCUAGCAUGUUAUCAACCACCUCCUCAGUGGUUUCUUCAUCCCGGACAAGCUCCGCAAACAUGACUACUAGCAGCUACGAGUCGCAUUCCACCGUCUUCGAGACGAUAUCUUCGAGAGUUAAUGCAUCCUCUCAGACAAACUCACAUUUAUCGACUUCCAGCCUGAUGACGGAAUCCUUAUCGGGUUCUGUGCCUUAUCCAACAGGCCCCAAGAACAUCACCUCUUCUGGAUAUGCUUACUCUACCGGAUCGAAGGACAGCACCUCUGAGCAUGACUCAACUCCUACCAGCUCUGAGACGAUCGUGUCAUCAUAUAUCGUCUCUACAAGCAGCACUUCUGAGGAACAUCCAAUAAUCACCUCUACUCCCACGUACAGGUCUUCUGAGAUUCCUGAUGAGGACUCAGAUACUGUCACCAGUUACGUCGAUGUGACCGUUACUAGCUGUCCACCAGAUGUGACAGCCUGCCCCCCGAAACCCAACGGGAGCUCGCCACCAGUACUAACCUCUUCCAGCUCGCCUGUCUAUCCAGACAGUUCUUCGUCGUCGACACCAAGUGUGCUUACUGCAAGUACUGCUUCUUCAAUUUCCAGCGGUCUAUCUUACCCGUUAAGCAGCGAAGCAGCUACUCGGAGCAGUGGAGCUUCUGGCAGCUCUCCUCCGUUUCUGUCGAGUACGGUUACUGGUCCAGCUGGCUCGUAUUCAUCCAGCGUCCCAUCUUAUCCAAUGACUAGUGGCGUGCCUCCCCAGAGUAGCAAAGCUCCAGAAGGCUAUACUACUAUCAUCACUACGCACUACAUCGGUAUUUGUUCAACUGGCUACACUACAAUCCCCUAUACUACCACCGUUGUAAUACCCUCUGGCUCGGAUUUUGCCCAUGCACCUACAUCGGAAGUGCCUGCUGGUUUCACCACUACAGUGGCAGUUUGUCCCGCAUGCAACUCUGCAUCACCGACUGUUACUUUGACCAUUCCAGUUAUUUCUGUCAUGCCCAUUCCCGUUAAAACAGAUUCACCGUCGGCAGGCUCUCCACCAGCAGCCUAUUCGUCGACAGUCUCUCAAUCAGCGGGUUCUCCUGCUGCAGGUUCAGCUUCAGUAGGAUCUCCAUCAGCAAGCUACUCAUCCGUAGCCUACCCAUCAGCAGGCUCCCCUCCAGCAAGUUCCUCACCAGCGGGCUACCUAUCCGUAGGAUCUGCCUCUGCUGGUCUUUCAUCAACAGGUUCCCUGGCCGGAGGUUCUAGCCCUGCAGGGUUCGCUCCUUCUGCUCCGGCUCCACAGAUUUCAUCUGCUGUUCCCACUGGCUACGCUGCGUCUCAUCCCGCAUCACCAAAGUCGUCGUCUACUGCUCCCGUCACAGAUCUGGCACCGAAGCCGAGUGCGCAAAGCCCAGCCCACUCUGGGGCUGCUCCCACAACAGCGACACCACCAUACAGUGCAGGUAACUCGACCACUGGCUUCAAAACUGCACCAGCCUCGGCGGGCAAUUCUAGAACGACCGGUGCGAGCACUACACUGGAGCGGCAAGCACAGCCAGCGAGGUCUCUUUUGUUGCUGUUGUCAUUGCGGCAAUCUGGGCUGGCUUGUUGA